AUGUUACUGGGAUUUUGCGAAGAUUACAAACGCGUGGUGAUCAACGUUCGUCAUGAACUGAUCCUGAUACAAUCGCGCAACGAUAACAAUAGUCUGCUGGGAAAUCCCGCGCUGGCGCCUGUGAUCGACAUAUUCAAGAUACAAUGGCGAAUGCCGCACGUGUUAUUGAACGAGAUAAAUAAGUUGUCGAUGCUGCGUGCUUUGGAGAGUGGACGAUACCUCACCAUGGGUUUCCGAUCGUGGGACCUGUACGAGUAUCCGCUGUUACAGAGCACGACCAAGCAUUUGUGGGCGAUUAAGACCGCGACUCAGCUUGAGAAGCCGCGAUACGUCAUCUUUGCUCUGCAGACAGGUCGGAAGAACAUCAUGUCCGAGGACGUUACCAUAUUCGACGACUGCAAACUAACCAACGUGAAACUGCAUCUCAAUUCGGAAUUUUAUCCAUACGAUGACUUGAAUGUGGAUUUCGAGAAGAACAAAACCGCCAUCCUUUACGACAUGUAUUCACGUUUCCGUAGGGCUUAUUAUAACUGCAAUUGCGCCGAGGCAUACUUGACUCCUCCCAACUUUCUUCUUCGCGGACCUUUCGUGGUUAUCGAUUGUUCGCGACAGAACGAGUCUGUCAAGAGUGCCACCGUGGAUGUGCGAUUGGAAUUUGAGUGCAAGGAGAAUGUACCGCCAAAUACAACGGCCUACUGUCUCAUCAUACACGAUCGCGUGGUCGAAUACAGCCCGUUGACCAACGUUGUACGCAGAGUCACCUAA